ACUUUUAGCAAGUCAGUUCUUUAACCAACUCCCCCAACUGAAAACACUGCCACUAAUUCUAAAACGAAGAUGUUACAAACGGUUCUCCUCCAUCAAUCUCCUAGUUCCCACCUUCAGCCUCUUGCCUCCUCCUUAAAAUCUACCCAGAAGAACUGCUCGGUUGCUGCAGCUCCUCUUCCUCACAAACAGGUGUUACCUCCACCCAGAUUCUGUUCCUGUGGAAGAAGGCAUUUCAUUGAAGCUGCCACCGCAGCUUUUCUUCCAGUUUGCUCCUCCUAUGCCUCUAGUUUACACUCUGAUAAUUACUUGGCUUUGCUGAACAGGAUUCACCCUCCAAGGCCGGAUUGGUACGAGGAGUUCUAUGCCUCGGUCAUGGACUCGAGCAUGAAAUCUUAUGAGGCAGAGGUUGCAGGUUACAAGUCACAGCUCUUUGGGGAACUAAGGGGAAAGGCCAAAAGGGUACUGGAAAUUGGCAUUGGCACAGGCCCUAAUCUUGAGUACUAUGCUGAUAAUAGUGAGGUCCAAGUUUUUGGUGUGGAUCCUAACAGGAAGAUGGAGAAGUAUGCUCGGGCAUCAGCAGCAGCCGUUGGUUUACCACCGAUGAAUUUUCAUUUCAUAGAAGCUGUUGCAGAGGCUGUUCCACUUGAUGAUGCUUCUGUUGAUGCAGUUGUUGGGACACUUGUAUUAUGCUCUGUCAAAGAUGUAAAUAUGGCACUAAAAGAGGUGAAGAGGGUGCUGAAACCAGGAGGCCUUUUCCUGUUUGUCGAACACGUGGCUGCCAAAGAUGGAACAAUUCUAAAGCUCUUGCAGAGUGCUCUCGACCCUUUGCAACAGAUAGUUGCUGAUGGAUGUCACUUUACCAGAGAAACGGGGAAGUACAUAUCCGCAGCAGGGUUUUCGAGUUUGGAACUAAGCAUGACCUCCUUGUCCAAUGCUCCCUGCUCACUAAUAAGUCCACAUGUUUAUGGAGUAGCUUGUAACUAAAAAAACCGGCACUUGAUCAAACUCACCAGGUAUCAAUCAAGUGAUGCUUGCUUCUCAGCAACUUCAACAACAAAAACUGCAGCUUUUGAUUGGUUUUAACUCAUGAUGAUCCUCCUUUUCAAGUGCCCAAAUUGGAUUGUACAUCUGGCUUGAAAGCAUUCCCUCCCAUUACACCCAGUUUGUAACUCUUGUACCUCUUCUGCAUAUGAAUCUGAUGAUUCAUAAAGAUUAAGCUGAGCUUAAUUCCAAAGGAUUGGGUUGUCAGGGAUGAGAUCUUACAUAGUCUUCAUCCCUCCUUCUGUCCUUUCCCAAUCCAAUCCCCAUAUGCCAAAACAUGUCCUGCAGUGGGCAGACGCAGGCAGUGAAAACAUUUGGGGGCAAAUAUAUAAUUAGAUAAAACAUGUGGGAACAUUUUGUGGCUUUGCCAAAAGAGUCUUGUUGUUAUUGACAUUAAAUAAGGCUAACCAGCCAAUGCAAAAGAAUAUUAUGAUGAAAUAUACUUUAAAGUA